AUGGCACGAGCUGAUACCGAAGCCGACGCCGCAGCCGGGCCUGCUGCUGCUCCUUUAUUACUACGCGACGACCCCUCCUCCCCGUCCUCGCCGGAGCACGACUCGUCUGCACCCAUGAGCAGCAGCGCGAACUUCACGCCCGGCUGCGAUAGCGACGGCGAUUCGGAUGGUCCUAGCUACGACGGGCUGCGGCACGCGGAUAUGGGUGCAUACGGUCUCGGACUCGAGGGCGAUGAGGGCGAUGAGGAGGGCGAGGCCUACGAGCUGCAGGAUCGCGGGGCGGCGGCACGGCGGUAUACCGGUGCUAUAUACGGGGAUGAGGACGAAGAAGGAUAUGGGGAUGGGAAUGAAGGUUAUGCUGGCAUGAGCAGCAGUAGUGGUAGGGCAAAAAGGAGGAGGGUCAGCACAAGCAGCACCGUCGCCAGCUUCAUGCUGUACACGCCGGACGAGGACCGCACUGUGCGCCGGAAGUUCGACAGGCGGCUUGUGGUGUUUCUUGGGUUCUGCUAUCUGCUGUCCUUCCUGGACCGGUCGAACAUAGGCAGCGCCCGCAUAGCCGGCAUGGAAUCCGACCUCCAGACGCGCCCGCCGCGCCCGGACUUCUUCGAGUGGGCCCUGCGCGCCUUCUACCUGUCCUACAUCGCGUUCGAGUGGAUGUCGCUGCUGUGGAAGAUAAUACCGCCGCACGUCUACGUGGCGCUCCUCGUGCUGUCGUGGGGCGUGUGCGCCUCGCUGCAGGCCGUCGCCACCUCGUACCCCGUGCUGAUCGCCCUGCGCGUGCUGCUCGGCAUCGGCGAGGCCGGCUUCACCGGUGUGCCGGUCUAUCUCGCGCGGUUCUACCGCCGGAGGGAGCUGGCACUGCGGACGGCGGUGUUUAUUAGUGCUGCACCUCUCGCCACCGCUUUCGCUGGCUUCCUGGCCUGGCUCAUCCUAUGGCUGGGCAAGAACGGACCCAUAGCGCCCUGGCGCCUCUUGUUUCUGUGCGAGGGCUUUCCCUCCGUGGUCGUUGCCACCAUUGCCUGGGGGGUGAUACCAGAUUCGCCCGAUACAGCCUACUAUCUGACAGCGCGCGAGCGACGGGUCGCGCGUCUGCGGCUGCGUCAUGAGCACGAGGGCGAACUUCCCACCUCCAACAACGAAGAAAAGCAGUCUCGCUCGAGCUCAGAUCGCAACGCCUCAUCAGGCCUCAAACUCCGCGACGUCCUAGCCGCCCUCCUUGACCCCAAAGCCUGGAUCACGGCGGUCAUGUUCUUCCUGGCGAACAUGGCCUAUUCGACGCUGCCCAACUUCUUUCCGACCAUCCUGCAGGACAUGGGCCACAGCGCCGUCGAGGCGGAAGCCCUCACAGCGCCGCCCAACCUCAUCGCCUUCGGCAUCGUGCUGCUGACGGCGCGCCUGUCGGACCGCACGCAGCAGCGCGCCCUCUUCGUCGCGGCGCACGCCCUCGUCUCGGCCGCCGGCUACGCGGUGCUCGCCCUUGCGCGGCCCCUCGCCGUACCGCCCAUGCUGCGCUACCUCGCCGUCUACCCGGCGGCGACCGGCUUCUUCAGCGUCGUCGUGCUCGUCAUCGCCUGGUCCGUCAACAACCAGCCGUCCGAGGGCCGGCAGGGCGGCGGUUUCGCCCUGCUGCAGGUCGUUGGGCAGUGCGGGCCCUUGCUCGGCACGCACUUGUAUCCGGACCGCGACGCGCCCUUCUUUGAGCGCGGCAUGUGGGCUUGUUGCGGCGCCAUGGCGGGGGUUGCGGUGCUGGCGUUGGCGUUGAGGGGAUAUUUGGCGCGGUUGAAUCGGCGGCUUGAUAAUACCCGAGACGGGAUGGGAGGUGCUGGCGCUGGCGUGGGGGACGAAGCUGGGAAUGAGGAGGAGGCGCGGGGGUUGGUGGGUGACGAGAUGAGUAGGAGUGGUGGGUUUCGGUAUAUGCUUUGA